AAGCCCACGUAAGUUUCCUUUUAACCCGGAAAGAAAAAUUGGAUACCCGACCCGAUCUAUCUCUCCCGCCAGUGGGUUUAUGAUAGUGGAAACAGAGGAAGAACUUAGAAUUCAUCAGCUUUAUCUAGUUCGUUAGAUUUCAAUCAUCAAUGGCUCUCAAUCUCCGCCAAAAACAGACUGAAUGUUUAACUCGGAUGUUGAAUCCAAGCGGCAACGCGAGCAAAGAAGUUUCUUACAAGAUAUUGAUCUACGACGAGUUCUGCAAGAACAUUCUCGCUCCUUUGUUCCAUGUCAAGGACCUUCUUAAGCAGAGAGUUACACUUCGUCUUCUCAUCGAUAAAGACCGAAAGGUUGAUAAAGACCAAAUCGAUAUUGAUCUAUCAGAUUCUUUUCUAUUUUUUCAGAUUUGAAAUUGUGGUAAACUAUCUGUAGAACAUGGCUAUGAAUAAAGCAAGCAUAGUUGAUCUGC